AUGAGUUGCUACUCAAAGAAGCGAAAUGACCCGCCUCCAUACCAACAACAUCCCACGACUUAUCAACAGACACAGGUUGACGACUUUGCACCACCCACAGGGCCUCCCCCAGGCUGGGGAUGGGGAGAAGUGAAUAGCCUUCCUACUUCUUCUUCUGGCCGGCCUCAGGGCCCCGGUCCUUUCCAACGCCCCAUUUCUAGCCACCAUCCUUCCCAAAGCCACGAUAAUGCUCUUCAGCCCCAAGCCCUCUACUACAACACCGGACAUCUCGCUCCCUAUGGAACGAGCCCUCAGCCCUCCGUUCCGAGCCAACAGCAUUUACAACAACGACCAAACUCUGCGUCAUCAUGGCAUAGUCAAUCAAAUUCACACCCUCCACCUUUAUCGAUGAUAUUCCCUGCUAGUAUGUACACAUGGUGGAAUUCCGACUCCAAUAUGGGCACCUUUAUCGAAUUUGGGAUGGAACCCAAGGGAGAGCCCUUAUUUUCGGGCAAGUUGGGCAUGUCUGAUGGGAAGAUCGCUCUGAGGCGUGACAAAUUCAAGCGCAACGGCGAACAUCUCGGUGAAGCCAAGAUAAAGAGCUCAACGAGUACCAAAUACCUGAUUAAACUACCAAGCGCUCAUGAGGCCGAGUACAACGGCAGUUUUCAGUUCCCCUACAGAGGAAGCAUGGAAUCGUGGAGCUGGGCUGGUACCUCAAAGUCCAUCGGGGACAAGCUCAGUGAUAAAUUAAACCAGAAACUGACAGGCAAGGAAAAGAGCUUGCAACUUGUUGGGGAAACAACUGGCACUGUGGCGGCUACGAUCACGGCUGAGGAGGAUUCGAUGAGUGAUCUAUCAUUGACAUCAAGCAAAAAGCAGAUUGGGCGCUUCGAAUUCAAGGGCCCGGUGCUUUCGGGUGAAUUGGGAAACGAUUUUACGACUCUCGCGAUUAUGGCCUUUCUUAGGGCCAAGCAGCAAGAGGCGGAGAAGCAACUUGUCAAGGCCAUUUUCAAGGGUGUAGGAGGGAUAUAG